CGUGGAGACGAAGAUGGCGGCCGUGACGGCGGUGCCCGUGCGGCCCGGGACGAGUAGCCAGUGAGAGCCCAGCCCGUGGCUGUGGGCCUCCCGCCCGCUCUGACCCGACUUCUCUCUCCCCGCACCCGGUCCCGCUGUUCCCGCCCGCCCCGCAGACGCCAUGGAGGACGAGGAGAGGCAGAGGAAGCUGGAGGCUGGCAAGGCUAAGCUUGCUCAGUUUCGACAAAGAAAAGCCCAGUCUGAUGGGCAGAAUCCUUCCAAGAAGCAGAAGAAAAAGAGAAAAACUUCAAGCUGUAAACAAGAUGUACAUGGUUUAAACACUGGUCAACAGAGUGAUGAGAUGUACAUAAAUAGUUCUCAGAGGGUAGAAUCAGCUGUGAAUACUGCCGUACUGAAAACUCUUCCCAGUGGAGAAGUCUUGAAGCUUGAACAGGUUUUCUCUGCUGAACCAGAAAGUGAAAUUUCAACCACAGCAGAUGAUUAUAGUUCAGAGGUAAAUGGUUGCAAUUUUGUGAUGAAAACAGGAAAGCCUACACAUUUAUUAAUGGAAGAAGAAUUUGGAAUUGAUGAUUCUUAUUCUGAAAGAGGCGCACAAUACAGUCAGACCCACCUAGAGAUGAUGGAAACUGAAUUGGCUGGGAAACAGCAUGAGAUUGAAGAGCUAAACCGAGAACUGGAAGAAAUGAGGGCCACCUAUGGGACUGAAGGACUACAGCAGUUACAAGAAUUUGAAGCUGCCAUUAAACAAAGAGAUGGAAUCAUAACUCAGCUCACUGCCAAUUUACAGCAGGCAAGAAGAGAGAAGGAUGAGACAAUGAGAGAAUUUUUAGAGUUGACAGAACAAAGUCAGAAAUUACAGAUUCAAUUCCAACAUUUACAGGCUAGUGAAACUCUGAGGAACAGCACUCACAGUAACACAGCUGCAGAUUUAAUGCAAGCCAAGCAACAGCUCCUCACGCAUCAGCAGCAGCUAGAGGAGCAGGACCAUCUGUUAGAAGAUUACCACAAAAAGAAGGAGGACUUCAAAAUGCAAAUUAGUUCCUUAGAGGAGAAAAUUAAAGUGUAUGAAAUGGAACAAGAUAAAAAAGUAGAAAACGUGAAUAAAAAAGAAAUACAGGAAAAAGAGGCAAUCAUUGAAGCAUUGAAUAAAAAAAUAAAAGAAGAAGAAGAAAAAACCCUUGAGCUAAAGGAUAAAGUAAUAGCUAUUGAUAAAUUAUUAAGAGAAUUACAAGAACAGGUUGCAGAUAAGGACCAGGAGAUAAGAAAUAUGAAAUUAGAACUGAGUAAUUCUAAGCAAAAGGAAAGACAGUGUUCUGAGGAAAUUAAACAGUUAAUGGGGACAGUUGAAGAACUUCAGAAGAGGAAUCAUAAAGACAGCCAACUUGAAAUUGGCACAGUGCAAAGAAAGGAACAAGAAGCACAAAGAAAAUUAGAACAGCUCCAAGCAGAGCUAGAUGAGAUGUACGGGCGGCAGAUAGUGCAGAUGAAACAAGAAUUAAUAAAACAGCACAUGCUACAGAUAGAGGAGCUCAAAUUUCUUCAUAAGGAAGAAAUGGAGAACACUUUAAAGUCGUUUUCAAAUAUUGCAGUUAAUGAAGAUCAGUUAAAGCUAAUGAAUGUGGCAAUAAAUGAACUGAAUAUAAGAUUACAAGAUACUAAUUCUCAAAAGGAAAAACUCAAGGAAGAGCUAGGGGUAGUUUCAGGAGAAAAGUCUGCUCUACGAAGACAGCUUGAGGACCUCUUUGAAGAAUUAAGUUUUUUAAGAGACCAGAUUCAGAGAGCUAGACAGACAAUAGCUGAACAAGAAAGUAAACUGAGCGAAGCUCAUAAAUCCCUUAGUACAGUGGAAGACUUGAAAGCUGAGAUUGUUUCUGCAUCUGAAUCCAGGAAGGAACUUGAGUUAAAACACGAAGCAGAAGUUACAAAUUACAAGAUUAAACUUGAAAUGCUAGAAAAAGAAAAGAAUGCUGUGUUAGACAGGAUGGCUGAGUCACAAGAGGCUGAGCUAGAGAGGCUAAGAACACAGCUCCUAUUUAGUCAUGAGGAAGAACUUUCCAAACUAAAGGAAGAUUUAGAAAUCGAACAUCGAAUAAAUAUUGAAAAACUUAAAGAUAAGUUGGGCAUUCAUUAUAAACAGCAGAUAGAUGGCUUGCAGAAUGAAAUGAGUCAAAAGAUAGAAACAAUGCAGUUUGAAAAAGACAGUUUGAUAACUAAGCAGAAUCAAUUACUUUUGGAAAUUUCAAAGCUAAAAGAUUUACAGGAAUCACUUGUGAAUUCAAAAUCAGAAGAAAUGACUCUCCAGAUCAACAAACUUCAAAAAGAAAUUGAAAUACUCAGACAAGAAGAAAAGGAAAAGGGUACUCUUGAACAAGAAGUUCAAGAAUUACAACUUAAAACUGAAUUAUUAGAGAAACAAAUGAAGGAAAAAGAGAAUGACCUUCAAGAAAAAUAUGCACAACUUGAAUCAGAAAAUAACAUUCUUAAAGAUGAGAAGAAAGCCCUUGAAGACAUGUUGAAAAUUUAUACUCCUAUGGGCCAAGAAGAAAGAUUGAUAGCCAUAGAUCCUAGUAAGUCCAAAUCCAAAGACUACAGCUGGCAAAAAGAAAUAGAGAUGCUUACAAAGGAAAAUGAGGAAUUCAAACUGCAAUGUAGUCAUCUAAAAGAAGAGAUUGAAAAGCAAAGGAAUACAUUUUCAUUUGCUGAAAAGAACUUUGAAGUUAACUAUCAAGAGUUACAGGAGGAGUAUGCUUGCCUUCUCAAAGUAAAAGAUGAGUUAGAAGACAGUAAAACUAAGCAAGAAUUAGAGUAUGAAAACAAGCUUAAAGCACUUAGUGAAGAGCUUCAUUUACAGAGAAUAAAUCCAGUGAUGGUGAAAGUGAAAAGCUCUAUUGAUGAUGACAAAACUUUUAUAUUGGAAACAUUGGGAAUUGGUGAGGUUGUUGAGAAAGAUACAACAGAACUUAUGGAAAAACUUGAAGUAACCAAGCGAGAAAAAUUAGAGCUAUCAGAGAAGCUGACUGGUCUUUCUGAGCAAUUAAAACAGACACAUGAUCAGAUUAAUUUUCUAAGUGAAGAAGUUAAAUCCUUAGAGCAAGAAAAGGAGCAACUUUCACAGAGAUGCAAAGAACUAGAAAUCCUAAUGCACUGUACUAAAGCAGAACAUGCAAAUGUGCAUGAUGUUCAAUUACACUCUUUAGAAGAUGGGGUUCUGCCUAUGAAAAGUGAGGGUUCUGGAGAUUCUGUUUCUAAAAUCAAGGAUUUGGAGGAAGAAUCAAAAAUAAAGAUAGAAGAUAAAAUUCCAUUUGACAAUAUGACCAUUAUAAAAAAACGUGAGGAAGAACUUUUGCAGACAGUAACAAAUGAAUCAUUGCCUGGGACAGCUGAACUAUGUGAAAAUGAAAAACUCCAGCAGGAGCUUCAUGUACUUAAAUCAGAACAGAAUGACUUACGGCUUCAGAUGGAAGCCCAGCGCAUAUGCCUUUCACUGGUGUAUUCAACUCAUGUGGAUCAGGUUUGUGAAUAUAUGGAAAAUGAAAAAGAUAAAGCUCUUUGCAAGCUUAAAGAAGAGCUUAUUUCUGCUCAAGAAGAAAAGAUCAAAGAACUUCAUAAAGUGCACCAGCUCCAGCUGCAGAGUAUAAAAACAGAAGAGACAGGUGAUCAUGCAGAGCCUUUGCAGAUGCUCAUUGGAAGACUUCAGAAGGCAGUGUCUGAGGAAUGUUCUUAUAUUUCAAAGACUUUAAGCAAUGUCUUUGGUGAAUGUUAUACUCCUUUAAAAUAUGAAGUGAAUAUAGAAGAAAGAGAGAAUUCUGGUGUUUACAUGUCUCAGAAUCAAAACCCAGAAUUGCAAGAGUAUAAAUAUGAAGUUCAAGAUUUUCAAGAAAACAUGCAAACCCUUCUCAACAAAGUGACUGAAGAAUACAACAAGCUCUUGACACUCCAGACACGAUUCACCAAGAUUCACAGACAGCAAACAGUUGGGAUGCAACUUGAAUUCGCAGAAGAAAACCUGGCAAAAGAGGAAGCAGAGUUUUUAUCAGUCCAGUCUCACAUGACCAAUUCACAAAAUAUUGGUGUCAGUCAUAAAAACAAAUGGUCUUCUCUGAAAGAUACGGAAAAAAUUAAACAACUUGAAGAACAAGUUCAAGAACUAGAGUACCGCAUACUCUCUUUACAGCAACAAUUGAAAGAAACUGAAGAAAACUAUGUAGCAGAGAUCCAGUGUUUGCAGGAAAGACUUCAAACUCUGAGUGAGUCCACAGCUCAGCCAAGCUUGUCCAUUGAGUCAGAGGUAGUCACAGAAUCAGAUGCACAGAAAACAGUGUGCCCUGGAAAUUAUCUAAAAGAAAAUAUUGAUGGUAUAGCAGAGUUUUCUGGUGGAUUUGGAGUGAAGCAAGAAAUGAAUAUGGUUAAAUUGAUGGAAAAGCAAUAUCAAGAACGAUUAGAAGAAGAAGUAGCUAAAGUCAUUGUGUCAAUGAGUGUAGCAUUUGCUCAAAAGACUGAGCUCUCCAGAAUAUCUGAGGGGCAAGAAUAUAUUACAGCAUCAAAACAAGAGCAUGCUCUCUGUCAGCAAAAAGAACAUCAUUUUAAUGAAAUGAAAUUAUCACAGGGUCAAGUUGGUCUACAGACUUUUGACACAGUUGACAAGAAUUUUAAAGAAGAAUUUAAACCACUUAGUAAAGAGUUAGGAGAAGAUAGAAAAGAAGUUCUGUUAUUUAAUGAUGGUCUUGAUGAUACGCUGAAGUCAAAGGACCAUGGGCUGACUAUUUCAGAAGAAAUAUCUUCUAAAGAUGAAACAUUUAUAGUCAGACAGUCUGUCCAUGAUGAGGUAUCGGUAUCAAGCAUGGAUACUUCUAGACAGCUCAUGUUGAAUGAAGAACAGCUGGAAGAUAUGAGGCAGGAACUUGUGCGGCAGUAUGAAGAACAUCAGCAGGCAACAGAACUGUUGAGACAGGCCCACAUGCGACAGAUGGAGAGACAGCGAGAAGACCAGGAACAGCUACAAGAAGAGAUCAGGAGGCUCAGUAAACAGUUAGCCCAGAGAUCCUCAAUAGAUAAUGAAAACCUGGUUUCAGAGAGAGAAAGGGUGCUUUUAGAGGAGCUGGAAACACUAAAGCAGCUGUCUUUAGCUGGAAGAGAGAAGCUGUGUUGUGAGCUGCGCAACAGCAGUACGCAAACACAGGAUGGAAAUGAAAACCAAGAAGUUGAGGAACAGACAUUAAAAGAAAAGACACUGGAUAGAAAACCUGAAGAUGUACCUCUUGAUAUAAACCUGUCCAAUGAAAGGUAUGCCCUCCAGAAAGCUAAUAACAGACUUCUGAAGAUCCUGUUAGAAGUUGUAAAGACAACAGCAGCUGUUGAAGAAACAAUUGGCCGCCAUGUCCUUGGCAUUCUGGAUAGAUCUAGUAAAAGUCAGCCAGCUACCAGCCUGAUUUGGAGAUCAGAAGCAGAAGCAUCUGUAAAGCCUUGUGUCCAAGAGGAACAUGCGAGAGUUACAGGUGAAUCAGUACCCGCUUACCCUGGAAGUGCUAUAGCAAGAAAUGACAGCAUGUGGUCAAAAGUAACUGAGGAAGGAACAGAACUAUCACAACGGCUUGUGAGGAGUGGUUUUGCUGGAACUGAAAUAGACCCUGAAAAUGAGGAACUAAUGCUAAAUAUUAGCUCUAGACUACAAGCUGCAGUUGAAAAACUCCUAGAAGCCAUAAGUGAAACCAGCAGUCAGCUUGAACAUGCAAAAGUUACCCAGACAGAGUUGAUGCGUGAGUCAUUUAGACAGAAACAAGAGGCAACAGAGUCACUUAAGUGCCAAGAAGAACUGCGAGAACGCCUUCAUGAGGAGUCCAGGGCCAGAGAGCAGCUGGCUGUGGAGCUCAGUAAGGCUGAGGGUAUCAUUGAUGGCUAUGCAGAUGAAAAAACUCUUUUUGAAAGGCAAAUUCAGGAAAAAACUGAAAUAAUAGAUCGUCUUGAGCAAGAGUUGCUCUGUGCCGGUCACAGGUUACAAGAACUGGAAGCAGAGCAGCAACAGAUUCAAGAAGAGCGAGAACUGCUGUGGAGGCAGAAGGAGGCCAUGAAAGCAAAGGCUGGCCCUGUUGAACAGCGACCAGUAGAUGCUGCAGUUGAUGCAGCACCUGGAGCAGAAUUUCUACAGGAGACAGAAAAACUAAUGAAGGAAAAACUAGAAGUGCAAUGUCAAGCUGAAAAAGUACGUGAUGAGCUUCAAAAACAAGUGAAAUCUCUAGAAAUAGAUGUUGAAGAACAAGUCAGUAGGUUUAUAGAGCUGGAGCAAGAAAAAAAUGCUGAACUGAUAGAUUUAAGACAGCAAAACCAAGCCCUGGAAAAGCAGUUGGAAAAAAUGAGAAAAUUUUUAGAUGAACAAGCCAUCGAUAGAGAACAUGAGAGAGAUGUAUUUCAACAGGAAAUACAGAAGCUGGAGCAGCAACUUAAAGCUGUUCCUCGAUUCCAGCCUGUCAGUGAGCAUCAAACCAGAGAGGUAGAACAGUUAACAAACCAUCUGAAAGAAAAAACAGACAAGUGUAGUGAGCUUUUGCUGUCUAAAGAGCAGCUGCAGAGAGAUGUACAAGAAAGGAAUGAAGAAAUUGAGAAGUUGGAAUUCAGAGUACGAGAGCUGGAGCAAGCCUUACUCAUCAGUACUGACUCCUUUCAGAAGGUAGAGGACCGGAAGCAGUUUGGAGCAAUAGAAGCUAAAGCAGAGUUGUCUCUAGAAGUUCAGUUACAAGCUGAGCGAGAUGCUAUAGACAGAAAGGAAAAGGAGAUCACAAACUUAGAAGAACAAUUAGAACAGUUUAGAGAAGAACUGGAAAAUAAAAACGAAGAAGUUCAGCAACUACAUAUGCAACUAGAAAUACAGAAAAAGGAAUCCACUACCCGCCUGCAAGAACUUGAACAAGAAAACCAAUUAUUUAAGGAUGAAAUGGAGAAACUGGGAUUUGCCAUAAAGGAAUCUGAUCCUGUCUCUACUCAGGAUCAACAUGUUCUGUUUGGGAAAUUUGCUCAGAUAAUACAAGAAAAAGAGAUAGAAAUUAACCAGUUAAAUGAGCAACUUAUAAAACUCCAGCAGCAACUUAAACUUACAACAGAUAACAAGGUCAUUGAAGAAAAGAAUGAACUGAUAAGGGAUCUAGAAACCCAAAUAGAAUGUCUGAUGAGUGAUCAGGAACGUGUGAGGAGAAGCAGAGAAGAAGAAACAGAGCAGCUCAAUGAAGUGAUUGAGAAGCUUCAACAAGAAUUGGCAAAUAUCGAACAGAAGACAUCAGUGGAGGCCAGAACCCUCCCAGAAGCAGCAGACAGUUUAAAACAUCAGCUGGAUAAGGUGGUAGCUGAAAAGCUGGCUUUGGAACAGCAAGUAGAAACAACCAAUGAGGAAAUGGCCUUCACAAAAAAUAUGCUCAAAGAAACCAAUUUUAAAAUGAAUCAGCUAACACAAGAAUUAUGCAGCUUGAAGAAAGAACAUGAAAGUAGGGAAGAACUCCAAAGUGUUCCUGAGAAAAGUGCCUGUGUGGCCGUCAAUGAGCCCAGCAGAGACAAACUUAAACUACAAGAAAUCCCUACUGAGGAUGCACUUAAGCCCCUAGAAAAUCUGACUUCCCUCAAAUCGCUUGAAGAAACUACCAGAGUUUCUAGAAGUUUAGAAGCAAAGUUACUGCAGCUGGAGAGUUCUGUUAAUACAAAGGACUUGGAACUUACCCAGUGUUAUAAACAAAUAAAAGACAUGCAGGAGCAAGGCCAGUCUGAAACAGAAAGGCUUCACAAGAAGAUCAACAACCUACAGAAGAUACUCGAGGAAAAAGUUGCUGCUGCACUUGUGAGUCAAGUCCAGCUUGAGGCAGUUCAGGAAUACAUGAAGCUCUGUCAAGAAAAGCGAACAGCUCCAACAGAGCCGGAAAAGAUAAACAUGCAGAAUUUAAAUCAAAUAGGAAGCAAUGUGGAAUCAGAUGUCUCCACCUUAACUGUGAGAAUAUCAGAAUUAGAAAGCCAAGUGGCUGACAUGCAUGCUAGUUUAAUGUCAGAAAAAGAACAAGUAGAAAUUGCAGAGAAAAAUGCUUUGGAAAAAGAAAAGAAACUGUUAGAGCUGCAGAGGCUGCUGGAGGGCCCGAAGAAGCAGCCUGAAGGGAGGGUCAGGAAAGGAAGCCCACAAGGAGAUUUUGAGGGGCUCAAGACAACUGCUGAGCUGAUUCAUACCAGUGGAGAUAGUGGAUUUUUGGCUGGAAUUGAUCAUCUUAGAGCUGAGUCAGUGACCAUCAAAGAACUUGCCGGUUAUAAAGAAAAGGCAGACAACCUUCAGGAAGAGCUUUUGGUAAAAGAAAGAACUAUAACAUCUCUUCAGAAAGAGUUAAGCGAAAUUAAGGAUCAACUCACAGAAACCAAAGAAAAAUUAUCUCACUUCUUAGAAACAGAAGAUAGAACUGGAGAACAAGAGGACAGAAAGGUUCCCCAGUUAGUGCCACUUCCUAUUACAGUGGGUAAAAGCUCUGCAUCCCAGACAGAGGACGCCGUCAAGGUCAGCUGCAGCAAUCAGACCCCACAGAUCCUCCUUAGAAAUGCAGGAGUUCAAAUUGAUUUGCAGCACACAUGUUCCCCAGAAGAGGUCACUGACAUCAUCAGUCAGUUUACUGAAAAAAUGGAACAAAUGCAAGAACUUCAUGCUGCUGAAAUUUUGGAUAUGGAAUCCAGACAUAUUUCAGAAACUGAAACUUUGAAGGGAGAACAUUAUGUUGCAAUUCAGUUAUUGACUGAGGAAUGUGGUACCUUGAAGGCUGUGAUACAGUGUCUGAAAUCUAAAGAGGCAUCCUCCGUUCCUGAAUUAACAUAUUCUAAUGCUUACCAAACUAGAGAAAUGGGUUCCAGUGAUUCUGGGUCAGACUGGGGCCAGGGAAUAUAUCUUACACAAACUCAAGGAUUUGAUACAGCAUCAGAAGGUCAUGAAGAAGGUGAAAGUUCAACAGAUUCAUUUCCAAAGAAAAUAAAGGGAUUGCUGAGAGCUGUCCAUAAUGAGGGCAUGCAGGUGCUCUCUCUCUCAGAGUCUCCCUAUGGUGAUGGAGAUGACCAUUCUGUUCAGCACAUUACAGAAUCUUGGCUUGAAGAGAGAAGAGCUUAUCUUAGUACCAUCUCAUCUCUUAAGGACUUAAUUACCAAAAUGCAGGUGCAAAGAAAAGCUGAGGUUUAUGACAGUGCUCAAUCUCACGAGAGCCUUUUGGACUGGCGGGGUGAACUUCUACGUGCCCUUCAACAUGUUUUCUUAAAGGAACACAGUGUGUUGCUAGCUGCAUUUCAGACUGAGCUGACAGCUCUGGGUACUAGAGAUGCAGUUGGAUUAUUAAGCCGUUUGCAACAGAGAAUACAGGAGCAGAGUAUUGAAUAUCAAGCAGCUAUGGAAUGUCUCCAGAAAGCAGAUCGAAGGAGUUUGUUAUCUGAAAUUGAAGCAUUGCGCGCCCAGAUUAAUGGCAGGAAAGUGACCCUGAAAAGAGAGCAAGAAAGUGACAAGCCAAGCCAGGAAGUCUUGGAAUACAAUAUGCAACAGAAGCAGUCUCAGAUGCUGGAGAUGCAAGUGGAGCUCAGCAGUGUGAAGGACCGAGCAGCUGAGCUGCAGGAACAGUUGAGUUCAGAAAAAAUGGUGGUUGCUGAACUAAAAAGUGAACUCGCACAAACAAAACUGGAGCUAGAAACAACACUCAAGGCCCAGCAUAAGCACCUAAAGGAGUUAGAAGCAUUCAGGUUGGAAGUUAAAGAUAAGACAGAUGAAGUGCAUUUACUUAAUGAUGCAUUAGCAAGUGAGCAGAAGAUGUCAAGAGAGCUUCAGUGGGCUUUGGAGAAAGAGAAAGCCAAGUUGGAACACAGUGAAGAACGGGAUAAAGAAGAACUUGAGGACCUGAAAUUUUCACUUGAGGAUCAGAAACAGAGGAAUAUGCAGUUAAAUCUCCUUUUGGAACAACAGAAACAACUACUAAAUGAAUCACAGCAGAAAAUGGAAUCACAAAAGAUGCUAUAUGAUGCCCAGCUCUCAGAAGAACAAGGCCGAAACUUAGAGCUUCAAGUACUUCUGGAAUCUGAGAAAGUUCGAAUUCAGGAGCUGAGGAGCACGCUAGAUAAGGAGCGGGAGUUGCACGCCCAGUUGCAGAGUGGUGAUGACAGUGGGCAGCCUCGGCCGUCCUUACCUUCAGAAGACUUGCUUAAAGAGUUACAGAAACAGCUAGAGGAAAAGCACAGCCGCAUCGUAGAACUGUUGAAUGAGACUGAAAAAUAUAAACUGGAUUCUCUGCAAACAAGGCAGCAAAUGGAAAAAGACAGGCAGGUUCAUUGGAAGACAUUGCAGACAGAGCAGGAGGCUAACACCCAGGGACAGAGGAAAAUGCAUGAGCUCCAGUCCAAAGUAGAGGAUCUGCAGCACCAGCUGGAAGAGAAAAGGCAGCAGGUGUACAAGUUAGACCUUGAAGGGAAGCGACUGCAAGGAAUCAUGCAGGAAUUCCAGAAACAAGAACUAGAAAGAGAGGAAAAGCGGGAAAGCAGACGAAUUCUGUAUCAGAAUCUUAAUGAGCCAGCCACCUGGAGCUUCACUAAUGAUCGAACUAGAAACUGGGUUCUUCAGCAGAAGAUGGAAGGAGAGACAGAAGACUCAAGCUACGCAAAGUUGAUUGAAAUGAAUGGAGGAGAAACUGGCCACAGUCAUGAACUGGAAAUAAUCAGGAAAAAGCUUCAGUGUGUAGCCUUAAAACUGCAACAUCUAGCCCAGAAAGCCUGCAACAGACUACAGUUUGAAACAACAGAUGUUGAAACUUUUAUUUGGGUUCAAGAAAAUAUUGAUGGAAUUAUUUUACAACUACAUAGACUAACUGGCCAGCCAAGAGAAGAGCAUAGCUUAAUGCCACCAAGUACUUCCUGUGGCUCAUUGACUGAAAGACUGCUGAGACAGAAUGCUGAACUGACAGGGCAUAUCAGUCAGCUAACUGAAGAAAAGAAUGAUUUAAGGAACAUGGUCAUGAAGCUGGAAGAACAGAUGAGGUGUUAUCGACAGACAGGAGCGGGUAGAGAUUAUUCUUCUAGGUUUUCCUUCGGUGGUGCUAACAUCGAAGUCAUCAUUGCUUCGGAAAAAGAAGUCUGGAACAGGGAAAAGUUGGCUCUUCAGAAAUCCUUGAAAAAGGCAGAAGCUGAAGUGUGCAAACUGAAAGCUGAACUGAGAAAUGAUUCUUUACUUCAGAAUCUGAGCCCUGACACUGAACAUGCCACCUUGAAGAGAAUUUAUGGUAAAUAUCUGAGAGCUGAAAGUUUUCGAAAAGCUCUCAUUUAUCAGAAGAAAUACCUGCUGCUACUGCUUGGGGGGUUCCAAGAGUGUGAGGACGCCACUUUGGGGCUACUCGCCCGCAUGGGGGGGCACCCUGCCUUCACUGAUCUCGAGGUGAUCACCAACCGCCCAAAGGGUUUCACCAGGUUUCGAUCAGCUGUCAGAGUGUCUAUUGCAAUUUCGAGAAUGAAAUUUUUGGUUCGGCGGUGGCACAGAGUCACAGGUUCUAGUUCCAUCAAUAUUAACAGGGAUGGUUUUGGCCUGAGUCCAGGUGCUGAAAAGACUGAUCCGUUUUAUCAUUCUUCUGGUGGACUGGAACUGUAUGGAGAAGCCAGACACAUGACAUAUCGCUCAAGAUCAGAUCUGGACUAUCCUAGAUCUCCUUUGCCAUUUCAAAAUAGGUACCCAGGCACUCCAGCUGAUUUAAAUCCCGGUUCCCUGGCAUGUUCUCAACUUCAGAAUUAUGAUCCUGAUAGAGCUCUGACAGAUUAUAUCACUAGGCUAGAGGCACUGCAAAGACGACUUGGAACUGUACAGUCAGGUUCAGCUACUCAGUUUCAUACUGGUAUGAGAAGAUAAUCCUUUGAAGCAUCAUUAAUUGAAGUUAUUUUCAACACAUUUCCUUUUGUAAAUCAAUGGCUCUUUUGUGCUUUUGUAUUGUGAAUAUUCCAUGGGACCAAUACAAACACAGCUUCUGAUUAUAUACAAAAGCCUUGCCAGAACACGAAGAGAAACUGGAGUUUGUGUAUAUAAGCAUUGUGUAUGUGUUCAUGCACAAUAAUCAUUAAAUUACAUGUAUAUUUGUGGAAUGCUAAUUUAAAUGAUUAAAUUAUAAACCUUGUGUAUUUAUCAAAUGGGUGAAAAUAUUAAACUUUUGCGAAUUAUGAUACUGCUGAAUGUGUAGCUUGCGGUGUCCUGCACUUUCCUUUUAAGGCUACUGAAGUUACAUGUUUCUGCCUAAUAUAUUUGCUACUGGUGAUGAAGACAGAACAUACCACUUGUAGAGACCUAUUUUUGUAUAAUGGUAGAAGUUUUGAAUUUUAUGGGGUAUUUUGUCAAGUACUGAAAUAAAAAUGACUUCACCAUUUUCAUGACACUGCA